AUGAAGAUGUACCUCAUCUCCAAGGGGUUAUGGGAAGCGGUUAACGCCACAUCUGGCGUCUCCGAGGCGAAGGAGCAGCAGGCGCAUGCGGCAAUCGUGCUCAACUUGAGCGAUACUCAGCUCAUGCAUGUCAUUACAACGAGUAGUGCAUGCGAAGCAUGGGGAGCACUCGCGCGAGUUUAUCGGACCCAAGACAUGGCAAGUCGGCUGUGGCUAAAGGAGAAGUUUGCGACAUUCAAGUUUGCGGCAUCGGACAUGAGCGCCCACGUUAUGGAGCUGGAGCGGCUCGUGCUGGAAAUGAAUGGAGCUUCGUGUGGACCAAGUGAAGAAGAUUCGUGUGCAACGUUGCUGCGAAGUCUCCCGGCGCAAUACGAGGGACUGGUGCAGGCUUUUCGCAUGAGCGUCACACAAUUCAGCUUUAAAGAUCUGGUGAGCAAGCUGAUCGCCGAGGAAGUGCGCAAGAAGGAUUCGACGCGCAUUGAAAACGAGACAGCGCUACAUGUUGGCAAACGACAGGAGAAGAAAAGCUUUAACAAAACUAGCGGUGGUCCGCGGAAGACAGGGUCAAGUGUUCAGUGCUUUUAUUUGUGGUAA